AUGAUUUCAACCUUUGAGGACUGUUUAGAACAUUCAAGAUCUUAGAUUGGAGGUAUUUAUAAGGUGAAGCACUAACAAAAUGUGUAAAGAAAAGUUUGUAUGAAGUGCAUUUUAAAACUCAAAUUACAACCAGAGUAAAUUUUAUCCAAAGAAGAAUUUGUCAAUUAAUUGCUACAAAAAGCAAAUUAAUUAAACUUGAAUAGUAGAUUAGAAUCUAGUUAAUCGAAAUCAUUUUAUAAAUAAGCCUUUUGUCAAUUUGAUUUAUUUUAAAGAGAAAUAACUUCUAUAUUCACAAAUAUUGGGGCUAUAAUCAAAAGGAUUUCAGAAGAUGAAACAGCAGGUGAUGACAAAUUCUUAAGACUCAUAAAUUAGAAUUUAAACCCGUUUGAAUGCUCUCAGAGUGAAUUAAACUUUCUUGUAAAUUUUCUAGAAGGAAAUAUUUUUGAGGAAUGGAUGAGUAAGAAAAAAUUUGUCCUCUCUAACUUCUAAAAAACAGGAGAUUAUUUUGAAAGGCUCCUAUAAAAUGCAUACAAAACAAAUCAUUUGGUAGAAUAACUACAAACAUAUUUGUAUAAUAAUUUCUAUAUUUUGAAGAAUUAAUGAGAAAACAGAAGAGAGCAUCGUUUAGUUGGAAGGGUUGGAGUAUGUCAACAAUUAAUUAGUGAAAAAGUCCUUUAAUUUGAUAACAUAAAAUAAUGGUGAUAAAUUAUAUUUAAAAGAUGGGGAAAUUCUUAGAAUGUAUAAGUUUUUGUUAAAUGAUGUAGAGAAAAAAGAAUCUUAGGACAGAAAAGUGAAUAAUUCUUAAAAAAAUUAGAAUAAAUAAAGCAUUUAGAAUUCAAAGGAUAAUAUGGAAUUAAUGGGUAUAAAAUUAAUUAAUGGAACUAUUUUUGGAAGGGACAAUAAGUUGGAGGUGGUAAGUAUGAUUUAAGGGGUUAAAAGAAAGGAAAGUGGAUUGAUUUAUGUGACGAUUAUAGGGAGUAAUAAAAAUAUGAUAUAAUUUAGUUUAAAGAAUGUAGUAGAAGAAGGUGAUUAUUAAUAGGAUUAAAGAUUUGGGGAAUGGAAAAUAAUUUGGAAUAAUCAGCAAAUGUAAUAAUAUUUUAUCACAAAUAUAAGAGGAGGGGGGAAAUAUAAUGAUUAAAGUAUGAAAAAUGGAAAAUGGAAAGAAUUAAGUGAAGGCUUUAUGGAUUCCUUAGAGUUAUUUUAUAGUGGGGAAUACAUAAAUAACAAGAAAGUUGGUAGAUGGGACACCAUUUAUGAGGAAAAUAUCAUGUAAAAAUAAUUUAAAAUAAAUUUUAGAGGUGGAGGAAUAUAUGAUACAGAGAAUGGCAAUAAGAUUGAAAAAUGGAUUGAAAUAAAUGAGGGGUUAAAAGAUUGUUAAAAAUUAACGUAUAUUGGUGAAUAUAAUAAGAGUGGGUAAAAAAAAGGCAAAUGGGAGAUUUGUUAUGAAGAAAAAAUAAUGUAUGAAAUUUAUAUUGAAAAUAUUUUUAGAGGUGGUGGAGAAUAUGAUGAACAUUAUGGUAAUAAAAUUGGAAAUUGGACUGAUUUAAGUGAUGGAUUUGAAAAAGAAUCAUAAAUUACUUACAUUGGUGAAUAUCAAAAUGGGAAAAAAAUAGGUAGAUGGGAUAUUUGGUAUUAAAAGAAUUAUGGAGACUACUAAAAUGAAAAAAUGUAUCAAUAUUUAUGAAUUGAAAAUUGUUAGUGGUGGAGGAUCUUAUGAUGAAGUAAGUGAUAGCGUGAAGAUAGGAGAGUGGACUGAAAUAAGUGAAAAAUUUAAGGGGGAUCAUUAAGUAAUUUUUAGAGGCAAAUAUAAAAAUGGAAAAAAAACUGAUAAAUGGGAGAUUUUGUUCAGAGAAAAAUUUAAAGAGUAAUUUGAUAACAUGUACAAAAAUUAUUUAAGUUAAUUUAGAGGUGAGGGGUCAUAUGAUGAUGGUUAUAAGUGUGGUAAGAGAGGAAGGUGGAUUGAAAUAAGUGACGUAUUUGCAAGCUAUUCUUAAAUAAUUUAUGAUGGUGAAUAUCAAAAUAACCAAAAGGUUGGUAAAUGGGAAAUCAAGUUUCGGGAGAGUGAGAAGUCACCAUUUUCAUUAAUGUAAUAAGAUAAAGUGUAACAAUUUGUAGAGGGGGUGGAUAAUAUGAUGAAGAGGGAAUAAAUAUCGGUCAAUGGACUGAAAUAAGUAAUAGAUUUUGGAGGGAUUCAUAAGUUAUUGUUAAGGGCGUUUAUAAAAAUGGCAAAAAAGUUGGUAAUUGGGAGAUUUUUUAUAAAGAAAAGGGCAAAGAUAAAUUUGAAUUCAUGUAAAUAAUUAUAUAAAUCAAAUUUAGUGCUGGUGGAUAAUAUGACGAAAAAAAGUAUGGUUUGAAAAUUGGACCAUGGAUUGAGUUAGAUGAUGGAUUUAAUUAUAAUAAACAAAUAAUCCAUAAAGGUGAAUAUCAAAAUGGCAUAAAAAUUGGCACUUGGAUAUAAAUGGACAUAAAGAAAACUAAAAGUGCUUUGAAAUGA